AUGUCUAUCGCUCAUAAGAUGACUGUCAGUUCAUUCCUUGAAGUAAAGGCUGUGGCCAGUGAGGUUGUGCUUUUGGGAUGUAUGGCGCUCCACGUGGGAGAUUGGGAUAUGUAUUACGGUGGCAGGUUCCUGGUCCAUUUAUUGGGUCAGUGGUCUGGGUCCAUACGUGCCAGCCUCAGGAUCGACGGGCGCCAGAGGUCGAUCGCGACUCGCGAGGAGCGGAAGCAAAUCCGAGUCCGUGACAGGUACGGAAGCAAAAAGCGGACUGAAGAUUUUACCUUGGAGGGAGAACGCGAACAAUGCAUAUGUUUGUGGAGUAUCAAAAAGACGAUUCCCGGAAGGGAGUUAUAG